AUGCUCGUCGCAGCCCUCUCCGCCGGGCAUACCUGCCUCGCCCUCUGCCGCGACCCUUCCAAGCUACACUCCCUGCACACUUCAUACCCCGAUACUCUUAUAAUCCGCGCCGGAAACGUGCACAACCUCAACGACGUAAUGCGCGUCCUCACCCACGACGAGCGGCACCUGGUCGACGCCGUAAACUUCACCAUCGGCAACAAGCCGGGCCUCAAGGCCGCAGCAAAAGGCGACAAGGGCGAUCCACACGUGUGUGAAAAGGGGAUGAAGACGCUGCUGGCUGUGUUGGGUGUCUUGAGGAACGAGUGGGGUUUGCAGGGCUCCCCGUUGCUGUGUGUCGUGUCUACAACGGGGAUUUCGGUUAAGAGGGAUAUUCCGCUUUGCGUUUUAUCCUCUCUAUCAUUUUAUGCUGGCCGUGCCGCAUAA